GCCAGCGUAAAAUUCUGAUCCCUUUAGGAUGAAGAACCAGAUGCUGGAAGCGGCGUCCCUGCUCCUGGAGAAGCUGCUCCUCAUCUCCAACUUCAAGCUCUUUAGCGUGUGCUCUCCAGGAGGAGGCACAGGGAGGAACCGUCCCUAUGAAAUCAGCUCUUUUCUCCGGGGCGAUGUGCUAGAGGUGCCACGGACCCAUUUUACCCACUAUGGGAUCUACCUGGGAGACAACCGUGUCGCCCAUCUAAUGCCUGACAUUCUGUUGGUUCUGACCAAUGACAAGGGCCGCACUCAGAAGGUGGUCUCCAACAAGCGUCUCCUCCCGGGAGUCAUUUGCAAGGUGGCUAGCAUCCGUGUGGACACAGUAGAGGACUUUGCCUAUGGAGCAGACAUCCUCGUUAAUCAUCUGGACGAGACUCUCAAGAAGAAGUCCUUGCUCAAUGAAGAGGUUGCGCGCAGGGCUGAGCAGCAGUUGGGUCUAACCCCCUACAGCCUCCUGUGGAACAACUGUGAACACUUUGUGACCUACUGUAGAUAUGGCACUCGGAUCAGUCCACAGGCUGAGAAGUUCUAUGAGAUUGUGAAGACAAUCAUUCGUGAUCAGAGAAGCUGUCUUGCUUCAGCUGUCUUGGGAUUAGCUUCUGUUGUCUACAUGGGCCUGGCGUCAUACAUGACCCUUCCUGCAAUCUGUAUCCCGUUCAGCUUGUGGAUGAUGUCCGGCUAGCUUCCAAUGUGAAUGUGUACGGAUUUUGUGUGAAAAUGUUUAUAUUUAUAGAGCACAAAGCAUUAUAAGCAUUGUUGAGAAAACAUAGCCUGCAAUACUGUUUUGUAGAUAAAAUUGUGAUUAAAAAUCUAACAAAAUGCUUACCAUGUAAGCCAGAACAAAGCCUUUCCAUGUCCGCUUAGGCAGUUCUGCUGCCGAGCACCAUGAGUCC